AUGGCAAAGAUGUUUUCUGCCUCGUUAAUGGGACAGGUGAAGCGUGAGAACAAUAAUCAUGAAACAAUGGCACUGAAUCUCAAGCCCCUACCAUGGUACAGACGAAUGUUCGCUCACAAAGAAAAUCGCUCAGGUAUUCAUCCCGAAUUUUCCCUCGAGCAUUCUCAAACACUAGGAUCUAUUCAUCGAUACUUGCAGUUAUCUCAGUCCAGCACCUCCAUUCUUUAUUGCUUGACCGGGGGCUAA